AACCUUAGAGAAGAACUGCUCAUCUGAUCUGAGUCCCAACACCGUUAUUUCAUGUUGUACAGGGGAUUUGUUGAGGGCAAAGGAGGCUUUCUCGGAUAUCGGCUUUGUCGCAUCCAUGCUUCUUGUAACAACGUUACAUGUAGAUUCAUUGGCAGAAACUAAUGCUGAGCUGAACACAGUUUCUAUAGAUCAUUGGGAGGAGAAAAUUCGAAUUAGUGUCUGGUAUUGGCACCUCUUUUCCCUUCACAAUUAUUGAUUCUCUUAGUAAUUCAGAAGAAAGGAAUCCAGUGAUGUAUGCCGGCUCGAAGCUGAACACAUUAUCCAUUAGCAGACCUUAUUCGGAGUCAUGCUCAUCAGAUGACUUCAUCGAAAUCUAUCUAUGUUCAGACAAGAAAGAAAAACUGUUGGGGGAAACUCUAGGGGCAGAUAACAAGAUGGACCUUAGUUUUCCAUGUGAACCGGUUGUUAGUCCUUUAGGCUAUGGUAUCAACCUUGUUGAAAACGAUGCAGCUCAUAAUCCACACAGCUCUCUCUCUGCUAAGAUCAAGAUGCCUCAUUCACAAUGUACCUCUGAAAGUGACUCGAUUUCCAGUGCCAGCUCAAGGACCAGGUUCACUCCUAUUAGAAAAAUGUUUGAUCCAUUCAUGAAAUCUAGUUUGAUUGAAAGUACGAGAAGAAAUAAGACUUUCCGGAAAUCUUUGUUACAUGACUUCUCACGUUCACCUCAAAAUACUAAAUUGGAUUCUGACUUUGUUGAGAAAGACGGCGUUCACUCGCCGGUUCACCUACAUGGUUGUCUCAAGUUGGGAGCUAAACAUGGGGUGCCAUAUUUUAAGUUCUCAAUGAAUGAACCAGAAGAAGUUUUUCUGGCCAAAGCAUCAAAGGCAGAUAAUGCUUUCAAUUGGGUAUAUACCUUCCACUCCGUCGACAAUAAAAAGAAGAGCAAAGCCAAUAUACCGGAACUGAGUGAUCUUAGCAAAGCUGCGGCAUCAAUUGUUGCGCAGAUGCAAGUUUCGUGCCGUUUGUGCUCAGAAAUUAAUGAUGGUGGAGAUGUCAAAAAAUGCAUGGUUACAGAGUUUGUUUUGUAUGAUACCACUCGUGCAAGACAACAAGCCACUUUCUUCAGAUCAGCUGAUGAUCACUCUAAUGUGGUGAGGCUUAAAGAUCACAUAAACCAUACAUUGGACAGUGAUGAGGUUGAAUUCCGGAAUGGAAUACCUGUCGAUUUGCAUCCGAACCUUGAAAUUGCGUCCAUAGUCAUUCAAGUAUCAUCUAUGAAUAGAGAGAGCUUAAGAUAUAGAAGAGGGGAUAAAUUUGAUGAUAAGAGGCAUUUAGAUCUACUAAAUGUCUCUAUGAUUGAGGAAAGCAAAAGCAAGAUACAAUACAGCAGGAGCCAAGAGAAGGUGAAAGUCAUUAUUCCAACUGGAAAUCAUGGCUUUCCUUGUGCUGAAACCCGGGGUCUUUCGUCAUUACUGGAUAGGUGGAGGUUCGGCGGAGGCUGCGAUUGCGGUGGCUGGGACAUGGCCUGUCCUCUUGUAGUUUUUGGUAAUCCGAAUCUAAAUUGUUUUCGAAGAUCAACCACUGGUGGAUACAAUAUUUUCUCAAAUCUAGUCUGCAUGAUGAAAGUUCCACCAGAUUAUUGGAUGAGGGGUGCCAAAGAGAAUACACCAGCAUUGACCAUGACAGCCAUUGAAGGAGGGUAUGCAAUUGAUUUUCAUGCAAAGUUAUCCGCGUUACAAGCAUUUUCCAUUUGUGUUGUUGUACUGCAUUGUACAGAAACCUCUGCUACUGUUGGGGAGAUGGAAACCAAACGUUCGCCGCAAUACAAUUCAUUAAAAAAGCUUAUCGACGAGGAAGUGAAAUUCUUAAUAAAAGCAGUCACGGAGGAGAAGAAUGUCAGCAAGGUGGAAGCUGUCCCAGCGUCCUAUGUGAUCAACCUUCCUUUCUCUCCGGUUUCUAUUGUCUAGGCCUGAAACAUUUGCCUUGAAAAUGGGCUAUUGGUAUGCGUUUCAGAGUAGCUGUAAUAAGGGAUGGACAGUGUUUGUAGUAAAAACAAAGAGGGAUCGAACAUUCCGCCAUUUCCCAACCAAGGGGAUGUCUAUGAUCAACGGCAUUGAUUCCCAGCUUACAUGGUAAAUCUGAAAUGUCUUAUUUUGAAUACUGUCAAGUGGGUUUACAGAUUGAUAUGUGAGUUCCUGCCACGAAUCCGAUGGUUACACCGAUCGCGCAAGGAAUACGUCAUUAUGCCAUUGAUUCAUUCUUCUCUUCUGUAAAUUAGAAUUGCAACAGAAAAACCCUAAUAUUCAGAAUUUGUAACUUUGAUAGCAAGGGGAAAAUAGUCAUGCAGCUAUUGAGACUUUUUGGAGAUGGAAAUCCUUUCUUUUGUACUUGC